AUGUCGGACCGAGACAGCGGAGAUGAGCAACAACCGCAGCAAGCUCAGGAAGCUUCAGAUCCUGGUGGGUCAGGUGAGCAGGAGUUGGCAACACGCACCCUUCACAUCCAGUCGAAGAGGUUCUACCUGGAUGUCAAGCAAAAUAAACGCGGACGUUUCAUCAAAGUUGCAGAGGUUGGUGCCGGCGGAAAGAAGAGUCGUCUCCUCCUUGCUAUGUCAUCUGCAGCAGAGUUUAGGGAUUUUCUGUCAGAAUUUGCCGAUCACUAUGCGUCAUUAGGUCCUACCAAUACAGAAACACCGCCAGAUGAUGGGAAGUUAAAAAGUGAGAUGAUUGUGAAAGACAACAGACGUUAUUACUUGGACUUGAAGGAGAACCAGCGCGGCAGAUUUCUUCGGGUCUCUCAAACCAUCCCUCGUGGGGGACCUCGCUCACAGAUAGCUAUCCCAGCCCAGGGCAUGAUUGAGUUCCGAGAUGCUCUCACCGAACUGCUUGAGGAGUUUGGCACUGAUGACCAAGAGCCGCACAGUGAGUUGCCAGAAAGUAAAUUCAUGAGGGUGGAGAACAAAAUGUUCUAUUUUGAUGUUGGCUCCAACAGACGAGGGGUGUAUCUUCGUGUGUCGGAGGUGAGAAACAACUUCCGUACAGCAAUCACCAUUCCAGAAAGGUCGUGGGCACGCUUCCGCGACACCCUCUCCGAAUUUGUGAGCAAGUCCACUGCAAAGCCGGAGCCUGAGUAA